UUGUGAUGGAUGGCCACUGAGGGUAUAUAAGUGAAGUUCUCAGUCGGGCUGAGGUAUAGUCCAGAUCGGGUCAUCUAAAGAUAGAGGCACCAUGCUUUCUGUAGCUCUGUUUUACCUUGUAGCUGUGAUUUGUUCUGCAAGACGGACACAUGCCCUACCUCUGUACCCUGAUACCAACCUGGAGCCACAGCCGGAUUUCAUUCAGAAAUUAGUGUCAGAGGUCGAGGAUGGGUCCAACACUGCCGAGGGGGAGCAGAGAGAGAAUAAUCUGUAUCCUCUACUGAUGCAGCGCAACGGAGGCCGAGACUCUUGGAACACAGGGGCAAAAGGUUCAGCACAACAAGAUAAGUUUGCGAACAUGGUUGAGGACCUCAAAGAAACGGUUUUGAAGCUGGCAGCGGCCGACAAACUUCGCUCUCAGGGUUUCCUCAGAUCAGAGCAGAACUUACCAAAAACAAACAAAAGAGCGUGUUUCUGGAAAUACUGUGUGACCAACUAGAGCGCAGCAGCAGCAGCAGCAGCAGCAGCGGCAGCGGCGGCGGCGGCGGCAGCGGCGGCGGCAGCGGCGGCGGCGGCGGCAGUGGCGGCGGCAGCAGCGGCGGCAGCGGCAGCAGCGGCAGCGGCAGCGGCAGCAGCAGCACAUCUGGUGUGAUUCUUGCAGGGCCGGGGCGGAAACGCCUUCACUCUCCAUCACCGUUUGUGUUUCCCACCAAACAGUAUAUUCAUCGUCUAAACUGUAUCAGCAGAAAAUAUAUUUUUGGAGUUGUAAAAUGAUCUUUUUCUGUGGCUGAGAAUAAAGUUGAAUAUCUGAAAAGUCAUUUAUGUGACCUGCUUUCGGUUUUGAAUUUUAAGAUAAAUAUUUAUGGUUUGAGAUGUAAAGAAGGACGAUGAAAGUCAGGAUUGUUUCUGCAUUUUUUCCCACAAGGCAGCAUUAAAGCACUAGUCAGCA